AUGAACUCCGGUUGGCUCAAGAUUGCCGUUCCCUCGGCACUGACGACUUAUCUGGCCCUCCAGUACUUCGACCCUCAUCAGCAAGGCGCCCACUCCGCGGCCAUGAGACAGAAACUCCAGGACGAAAACAAGCGCAUCGGCAGAGCGCACGGGUGCAGCGAAGUGCACGCGAGUGACGUGGACAAGUGGGUCAAGGAUCACCCUGAGGAGGCCCCGCACUGGGAGCGGAUCUCGAAGCUGGGUCAUGAUUCUCAGACAGCGAAGACGGGCCAGCGUGACGCAGGCGAGUGUAGGUAA